AGGUGUUGUGUGACAUAUACGUUCAUGAUGGCUAAAACUAGAGGCUUAAUUGCGAAGUUUUUUCGUCUAAUUUGUUUUAUUAUAUUAACCCUUUGGGUGCCAACGAGCGAUAUAUCGCUGCUCGGAACUUAUGUUACAGUCUCGAGUCAAGAGGUUGAUGGCUUUCCAAGGCAUGAUUCCUGGAAGUCAUCCUGCGAAACAAUAGAUGUCCCACCGACAAAGCCCUCGCAUGUGCUGAGUGCAGCUGUCCAAGAGUCCCAGGUUACACGGUGGUCUGCAAGCAAUAGACCUGAACCUUCAAGGCAUGAGGUUUUCGAAGCUCCCUGCUUAAUUUGCGCGGUAACUGCAUUGAAGGUGCAACUACUCCGAAGUGUCGCCAGUUUCUACUAAGUUCGAAGCGAAAUGUUUUGCUCGCUCAUGAUCACUUCUCUAACUGUGAAUGACGUUACGGGCUUCCUCCUCUCUUACGAUGUCACUGCGUGAAACCGUAUUUGAGAGAUAGAGGAUAUGUGUCAGCGCAAUUGCACAAAGUGACUUUUAACCACUCUGCUGAUAACAUAGUACAUAAAUAAAUAUAUGGACACUUGCCACCUUCAAUGAAUAAUCGAUGUACACUGUUAAUCCCUUCAGACCUGGCGUCCACAAUUGAGGACGCACAAUUUAAAACUUACAUGAAGAAAGCCCAGUUUUCCUCGAAAAAUUCACUGUUAGAAUUUUUUC